CAGUUUGUCGCAGAGUAUCUUCGAUCUCAUCUUUUCAAAAACACGGUCAACAAAAUCAUUGAGCUCAGGUCUAGCUCCCAGAACAAGCUUCGUGAUGGGGAAGGCUCCAAGGCAGCUAGUAAUUCAAGCACAUUUGGAAUCGUUCAGAGAAGAGAUUCCUCAAAGAGGCUGACUGGUGAAAGUAACACUUUGCUAAAAGUUGAAAGUUCCAUCAAUGAAGGACCUAAGCCUCAUGUAAGUCCUACUGUGAGCAGAAAGAUCAGUUCUUCUGAUCAGCUUCUGAAACCUUCCUCUGAACAAGCUUCAAGUUCAGCUUCAGAUUUAGAGACUGGUGAACCUCUGAAAAAAGAUGAUGUUUACAAUUCUAUCAACAUCAGGAAAAAAUCAAUGUCCUCAUUGCCUGCAGAAGAAAUUUCUGCCACCUCAAAGAAAGAAAAAACAAAUGAAAAUGAUGAGUACAUGGACCUCAAUGAAAACAUCAAUUACACAAAAUUAUUAACAGAUCAGCUACUAGACUUGGAUUCAAAAGUUGUUGAUCAUUGCAAGACCAAAACAGAUUUAUCAGGCAGCACUGCAGUUGUGGCAGUGUUGGAUGGAGAGCUGCUUGUGGUCGGCAAUGUUGGAGACUCGAGAGCUGUCAUGGCAGAUGAACAUGGCCGAGCUGUUCCUUUGUCUUUUGAUCACAAGCCUAACCAGCUGAAGGAGAGGCGGCGUAUCAAGGAGGCGGGUGGCUUCAUCACCUUCAGUGGCGUGUGGCGCGUCGCAGGCGUCCUGGCCACGUCUCGAGCACUGGGUGACUUUCCCCUCAAGCUCCCUCGUCCCUUAGUCACUGCUGAACCCGACGUCCUCACCUUCAGCCUCAGCGAUCAUAAGGCACAGUUUGUGAUCCUGGCGUCCGACGGGCUCUGGGACGUCAUGAGCAACGAGGAAGCCGUGGCGUUCGUGCUCAGCCGUUUAUCUGAGCCGGAUCACGGAGCAAAGAGCCUCGUUAUGCACGCCUACAAUCUCGGGUCCCUGGAUAACAUCACCGUGGCCAUUAUCAACUUCGACAAACUCAAGAAAAAAUAACAAAAAACGUAGCUUCUACGCCCCUCGCACAGAAUCAAAGUUUCUUUCUGGAAUAAGAAAUGCUUUAUGGAUUCGUAUAAAUAUGCGAAUACUUCUCUCUGGUCCUCUCAGUUCAACUCAGAAGCUUGUUGCAAGAAACGAUUCGGGCGUAAGUUAUCUUUAAUCUGUCACUGUGUGGAAAUUUAUUGUGGAAGUUCUUUUGCAGAACUUCCAAAAAUAAUUUUAAGGCCGGUAAAGCAAAACCUUAUCUGCUCAGAAGAUAAGUAACAGACUUAAUUUGUGAACGGAGUAAGGAAUAAUUUUUCCACAUAUCAUACAUCAGUUUCAGCGUGAGUGCUUUCAUGUCAAUUACGUACGUAUGUCUU